CAAAUGUCCAGUUACAAUCUCUGUUGCAGAAUGUAACAGACAAUGUCCCAGUGAUAUCACUACCACGUGAAACAUCACCACCACAAAGCAUAUUUAAAGAGACUGAUCUUGAGGAACACUGUUUUCCACAGUUAUACCCAUAUGGUAAAAAUGGCUUCAAACAGACGCGUGAUGUACAACUAACAGACUUACAGUACUUCCAAUCACGUUUGCUCAAUAUCAAUGAUUGCUGGAGAAAAAACAUCCCAUGGCUCUUCUUUGCCUUGAACUCGUAUGAAAUCAAGAAAUUGUACAGUCAGAUAUCCAUUGUAUGUAGAAUGCAAAAGCAGAGUAAUGUUAGAUCACAAUCCAUAGCACAGCCACUAACAGCAGGCGAUCUGCAUCAUGAAAUUGAUCAACAUGUUGAAAGCACAUCAUACACUUUUAUGAAGAAUAUACGUGGAACAGCAGCUUACUUCAAGGACCAACUGCUAAACUUGCUAGCAAAAAUAAACACUAUUGGACCACCAACAUGGUUUGUCACUGUGUCUGCUAAUGAUUUAAACUGGCCAGAAUUGUUCAUGACCCUGAAUCCUGACCUGACCUAUGAAGAAGCUAAAGCAUUACCACAACAAGACAAAUGGAACCUAAUGAGAUCAGACCCUGUCAUGUGUGCGAUACACUUUAAUAGACGCACUGAUGCACUUCUACGCUUCAUACUGAAGAGUCCACAACAUCCCAUUGGUAGAAUCAAAGAUCACUGGAUUCGUGUGGAAUUCCAAUUAAGAGGUUCUCCACAUUUGCACUGUAUGUUCUGGGUUGAAGAUGCCCCUGACCUUGAUACCAUACAAGGAAGACAAAAUGCUCCUGCAUUCAUUGACAAAUAUCUUUCCACACAACUGCCAGAUGACAAGAACUCCCUCUUGUAUGAACUGGUGUCCAAAUACCAGACUCAUCAUCACACCAACACAUGUAAAAAGAGACGAGUGAACUGCAGAUUUUACUUCCCUCGAGAAGUUUCAGAUACAACAAGGCUCAGACUAGAUGUUGAUCCAAACAGAAGUGCACAAUUUUAUGUCACAAAACGAACACAACAAGACAUCUGGAUAAAUGCGUACAACCCAACAUUGCUCAUGCACAUGCAAUCCAACAUGGACAUACAAAUGGUUGGCUCCAAGUAUGGUGCUGCUUACUAUGCAUGCAUGUACAUUUCAAAAGCUGAGCCCGAAAAUCUUCAGACGGCCAUUUCUGCUGGUCUGUCUGACCUCCCACGUGACAGUACACAAAGAACACGAUUAGCCAAAAUUGGCAAUACAGUGCUUAGUCAUCGUUUGCUCAGCGCACAAGAAGUUGGAUACAAACUUGCAAACCUACCACUGAUAAGAUCCUCAAGACUAACUGUCUCAAUCAACACAAAGCCACCCAAGAGUAGAACGCGCCUGCUGAAACCUAGAGAAGAACUUGCAAAACUUGAUGAUACAUCAACAGACAUUUUCGUUCAGGGCACUGCCCAAUACUAUGCAAUGAGACCUCAUGGUGACCCCUGGGAUAAAAUGUCAUUAUACACAUUUGCUGCAUCAUACUUUGUGAGCUCAACAGAACCAUCAAGUGCCUGUGAAUGUUUCAAGUUGCAACAGUGUGACAAAUGGAUAAAAAAACGACGCAAAUAUGCAUGUGUCAGAGGUACAAGACUGAGUUCUGCAAAUGGAGAUGACUAUUUCUAUGGUCUGUUAUAUCUAUUCUGCCCUUGGAGGAAUGAAAAUGACAUACUUAGUGACUACACUUCUGCCCAAGAUGCUUUCAUUGCAAAAAAGAAUCUGUUUGACUACAGCCUUGCACAACACAUGCACUUCACAUCAGAAAUAGAGCAAGCUAUAAUGCAAGUACGCCUGCUGUCAAAUGAUCUUUCAUCAAUUGCUGAUACUCUUGCACCCAAUGUGACUCAUCAACAGCUACAAAUCAACGACGAAUUUGACACUGAAGGGCUUUAUCUUGAUCCACAAUGGACAGCACGAAAUGCACAUCAAGCAGCAGGUACCAGUCAAACUACCACCAACAAUGUUGACAGCACAAUUGAAAAUCUUACUAUGCUACAUGAUGAAUCACUGACAUGGAAUGCUUUGACCCGCAACACAAUGACUGAUGAUGAAUUCUACCAAGCACUAAGGAACAUGUCACAUGACCAACAGCACGUGUUUAACACAAUCAAGGCACAUUUUGUUGAAUUGCAAAGACAAGCACCUAAUGAAAGCAAUUUCAAACCACAACCUUUGCGACUUUUCGUAACAGGAGGAGCAGGCUGUGGCAAAAGUUUUCUUAUCAAAGUAAUCAAUGAAUACUUGAUCAGAAUUUCAAACCACCCAACAACUCCUGUCGUACUUACCGCGCCGACAGGCGUCGCUUCUUACAACAUAGGUGGCUCCACGGUACAUUCAGCUCUAUCACUACCUGUUGAUCAUACCCGACGAGGAAAAACUGACUACCUACCACUCAGUGCUGAAAAACUGUCGCAGCUUCGACGCAAAUUCAACAAUGUUCAUACAAUUAUCAUCGAUGAAAUCAGUAUGAUAAGCAAUGAUAGACUAAAACAUAUUCACCUCCGCCUAUCAGAGAUCAAAGACACUACCAGUGACCAACAUAGCUACUUUGGAAACCUGAAUAUCAUUGCCUUUGGUGAUUUCUACCAGUUGAAACCUGUGUUUGGAAAAUUUAUAUUUGAGGAUUUACAAAAUCAGGAAGAAUGUCUUACUCAUUUGUGGAGAUCAUUCUUUAAGCCCCUAUUUCUGACAGUGAAUCACAGACAAAAUGGUGACAAAGAGUACACAGAGCUUUUGAACAGAGUACGUAUUGGACUUCCAACAAAUCCAGAUAUUGCACUCCUUUCAACUCGUCUCAAGACAAAGUCAGAAAUUCAACAUUCUGUAUUUUCAUCAGCUCUACAUAUCUUUCCAACAAGAAAGCAAGCUGCACAGUACAAUAAAGAGCAACUUGAAAGACUGCACU